UUGAUAUUUAAUGUAGGUAAGGUAAGUUUUGGUCGACCAAUUGUCACGGGAUAAAAUACCGUAGCUAUUUUUUUGUUUUGGAAUUUUUUUGACCACUGAAAAAAACUUAUGAGAUUUGUUGGAAGUUUGAAUUUCUAGAUGUUGCUGUAAACUACAGUAACCCUCAGGCUGUAUUGUAUCUGCUUAUCAAAAAUAAGAUAGCAGCGGAAAACCUUUCAUCAUUAUUUGAAAUAAAUAUUUUUUUUUGUUUAUCCCAUUAAAAAUCCAAUAAAAUGAUAUAGUUUCAUGUUACAGGGUUUGAUCAAAACUUUCAGAAACUUCUGAAUUUAGGAAAUGUAGGAAUUUUUGGCGCCUAAAAUCUAGUAGCUCAAAAAAUCCCAAAAUUCAGAUCUUCAGCUUCAUUUUUAAACUUGAAAAUAAUUUUUCAAAGUUCAAUUGAAUUCGAAAUUAGCAGUUUAAUUUCAGGUUUUUGAGAAGUUUCAAAAAGUGGUUCCAUUUUUUCUCUGAAUUCAAAAUUACAGUAAUCCAUACAGUAACCCUUCUCCCCUUCCUAAGUUCAUUUGCACCCAAAGAAAUCUUAUACAAUAAUUUAUACGGCCCAUAAUUUUCAACACCUUCAAUCAAAAAUCUGUGUCUGUUUAUUUUGAUUUGUGUGUGCCUUUGGGAUUUCCAUAUUUUCUAGUCGGUCACACACAAAAAGACACUAUUUCUCCUAUUUUUAUCCAUCAUCAAUCUCGCCAAAUCUCUAUUACAACGCGACAAAACGGACCAUUGUAUAAAGUGACCUCUCUAAACGAUUGGGUCAUUCGUUCAUUCAUAGAUCUAUCUGCUCAUUUUUUGUCUCUGUUGUCAUAUAUCCAUCCCACCCUAUAUCUUUUCCUGAUGUAAUAUCGAUUCUUAAAGUUUUUCUUUUUUUUUCGAAAAAGUUUUGUUUUCUGCUGUAAUCUGUGGAACAAAAGAGACAAUACAUAGGGCAAAUAUAAUAAAUUAUUCUAAUUCGAUCUAUCUCUCAAAUAUUUUUCAUAUAUUCCGUAUCUCAAUCUGGUCAAUUCUUUGUUCACCUAAUAUUUUAUAUUUUUGUAUAUAGUUUUUUUGGGUGUGAAUUAUGAAUUUGAUUGAAUUGGGUGAAAUGAUUGAUGGGUUUUGGUUUACUUUUGUCUUAGUUUUAGUUUAUUCUAUUCUCUUUGGUGUAAACUAUUUUUUGUUUUGGUUUUAUAUUUGUUUGUGUUGGUAUUUAGAUUUGAAUCGAUAAUUAAUUUAUUAUGGUUCAAUUUUGAUUAGGGGGUUAAAAGUUUAAAAUAAAAUUAGGGCCUUACGGGAAUUCUUGAAGCUCUAAAUUAUUUUCAAUAUCCAGAAGCUUUGAGACUUUGUGAAACUCUUCAAAACCAAAAUUAAUAUUUUUAUUUAUUUUUUUUAUGAAAUGAAAAUUUUUUGGCCCUUGGUCACUUUAUUUUUCAGUUUCGGAAAUAUUUAUUCAAAUUUUUCUCAUAAUCUCUUCAUUCAUAAAUUCUAUGAAAAUAAAUCGAGAUAAUCCGGAAAUGCGCAAACUUCCCACCUCGACAUAUAUUCCAUUCCCAUUUUCGUCUUUUGAUCUUCCCGCCUUCCCAAAAUAAAAUCUGGGAAAACAAAAACAAUAACAGCAAAAAAAGGUAACAUGUGUCAUUUUGGGUGCAAACACACUCUCUCUCAUUCUUCCCUAUCUUUUUUUCCGACUCCGCCCACUUUUUGCUAUCUUUUCCUUGGAUACUGUACGCGGUUUAUAAAGAAUCUUUAGUUGAUUUUUUAUUUUUUGUGGUGAACGGUCGUCUUCUUUAAAAACUUUCCUAUUUUUUUGAAACUUUUUAUUUUUCGCUCGAUUUUUUUCUAUCAACAAUUCUUCAUUUUUUGCAGAAAGAAAUGCUCAGCGUGGAAGUUUCUUCAAAAAUUCGACCAGAAUCGCUGAAACUUCGCCUGCCGGCUUCUGAUCCAUACCUAUCAUUUUCUGAACCAUGUUCCCCAGAUUCCGGAUUUUCAUCCGAUGACAGUAUUACGGAUUCAUCAUUUUCUGAUAGAAUGUGAGUUUUUACCACCUGCUUUUGUCUACAAACAUGGUCAACAGUGUUUAUCAUCAACAAACAUCGUUUUCUCUAUCUAUUUCUUUGCUAAAAGUAUCAUUUAUUACACAAUGACACGUUGUUAUUUUGUACGUGAUUUUUGAAGAAAAUACUUUGAACUUUAUCAAGAAAUCAUCUCUUUUAACAAACAUGUUUUCGAUGAAAAAAAAAGUAAAAAUAAACCAUUUUUCAAAAAAUGAAAAUUCGCACGUGUUGCGGUGGAGCGCACAUGAACGUGUUCCAAAAAAUAUUUUCAUUUUUCAUUUUUUUCUUUGUCCUCCACUCCGUAGCUCCACAAAAAAGAAAUAAGUAAGUAGGAUAUCAGAUAUCUUUUCUCUAUUGAAAGUUGUUUUUAUUAUGAUCCCGGGACCAAUCAUGACAUCAUUGAGAACAACGUGCGGAUUUGCAAAAAAUGCAUCUCUAAAAGUUAGCCAAACCCACUUUUCUUCUUUGUCUUAGAAUCCUCACUUGUUUAUUUUCGAUGUUUCAAGUAUGAAAUGUCUUUUCUAUAUGCCUAGAUAUUGUAGUAAACUUCAUAUUGUUUGUGAUGAAGAACAACCAGGCCGAAGAAUGUCUGAAAAUCCAUAAAAUCUUGAAAUAAUCAUUUUCUUUUUUCAGAAGUCGCGCAAAAACUCUUCCAUCAGCUUUGCGAAGAUCAAGAUCGAAACAAAACGUCAAACGUGUUCGAUUUGCUGAUUCUCUUGGUUUGGAUCUUGAAAACCUUCAAUAUUUUGUGAAUGAGGAAUUAUGCCAGAAAUUCAAUCAUAUCAGUUUCCCACAAACAAGCACAUCUCAAUCGCCUCCACAAACAAUUCAACAGACACCUCGACUUAUCGUAACUAAUUUUGCAUAUCGAUCCGAGUUUGAAUAUAAUAAUUUGGUUCGAGCAUCAAAUGUUUGUGUAAGCGCUCUUCGCGCCGCUGGAAAUUCGAUCGUCGGACAAGUCAAUCUACUAAAUCUGGCUUUUGAUAAAAGUGUCACAGUUCGAUAUACAACUGAUAAUUGGCAAACGAUUGAUGAAGUUAUUGCAAAAUAUAGUCAUCGAAUGUUUGCGACAGAAGAUAUUGAUGCGUUUAACUUUACGAUUGUAUUGCCAGCUAAAUUAUUGAGCGGAAAAUGCGAAUUUUGUGUGAGCUAUCAAGUUGCUGGAAAUAGUUAUUGGGAUAAUAACAAUGGAUCGAAUUAUUGUAUUGAUGUAUCGAUUGCGCCACCAAGACAUUUUAUUUCGUCACCAACGAUUUCAACAAAAUCUAUCAGUCGAACAUCGUCGGUCACAUCAACACUUCCAUCAAUUCCAUGCACUCGUUCAAAUCUUCGAAAACAACAACGAAGAUGGGGAAAAUCAUUAGAUGAAUCGGAUGAAGAGAUCUAUGUCCCCAAAAACUUCUCUCUAAAAAUGAAAAUGUAA